AUGUCGUCGUGCGCCGAGGUGCUCCGUUUCCAGCUGCCGGGCCACGAGGCGGCGGCGCUGCGCUCGAUGACGCGGCUGCGGGCGGAGGAGCGCUUCUGCGACGUCACCAUCGUGGCGCGCAGCCUGCGCUUCCGCGGCCACCGCGUCAUCCUGGCCGCCUGCUCGCCCUUCCUGCGCGACCAGUUCCUGCUGAACCCGGCGGCCGAGCUGCGCGUCUCGCUGGCCCACAGCGCCCGCGUGCUGGCCGACCUGCUGCUCUCGUGCUACACGGGCGCGCUGGAGUUCGCCGGCCGCGACCUCGUCAACUACCUGACGGCCGCCAGCUACCUGCAGAUGGAGCACGUGGUGGAGCGCUGCCGCGGCGCGCUGGCGCGCUUCAUCCAGCCCGCGCCCGCCGCGCCCGCGCCGCCGCCCAAGCCCGAGGAGGACGAGGACGAGGAGGACGAGGAGGACGCGGCGGGCGACGUCUGCAUCGUCAAGGUGGAGCCGGCCACGCGGCGCCGCGGGCGCAGGUGGCCGGCGGUGACGGGCGGCGAGGCGGCGCAGAGCGGCGCGGCGGCGGCGGCGGACGGCGGCGCGGCGCGGCUCGGCGUGGUCAAGGCGUGUUACAGCCUGGCCGAGGACGCCGAGGGGGAAGGCUUGGUCAUCUUCCCCGGCGGCGGCGGCGCGGGCGGCGCGGGCGGCGCCGAGGAACCGCCGGGCGGGCACGCCGGCGCCUCGGCGAGCGCCGCGGCCUCCGCGGCGGCACCGGCGGCGCCGGCGGCGCCGGCGGCGGCGUCGCGGUGCGGGAAGUGCGGGGAGAGCUUCCAGGGCGUGGAGAAGCUGGUGUUCCACAUGCGGGCGCAGCACUUCGUCUUCAUGUGCCCGCGCUGCGGCAAGCAGUUCAACCACAGCAGCAACCUGAACCGGCACAUGAACGUGCACCGCGGCGUCAAGUCGCACGGCUGCGGCGUCUGCGGCAAGAGCUUCACGCAGAAAUCCACCCUGCACGACCACCUGAACCUGCACAGCGGCGCCCGGCCCUACCGCUGCUCCUACUGCGACGUGCGCUUCGCCCACAAGCCGGCCAUCCGCCGGCACCUCAAGGAGCAGCACGGCAAAACCACGGCGCAGAACGUUCUGGAAGCCGGCGGCGCCGAGGGAGGGGUGCUGCUGCGGUGA